AUGUCUCUCAAGGUCGUCGUCCUCGCCUGCGUGGCUGUCGUCGCUCUGUGCGACAAGGCCCCAGUCCACGCCCCUCAUCCCCCCGUUUACGCCCCUAGACCUUCCUACAAGGCCCCUGCUCCUUACCACGCCCCCGAACCCGCCUACCACGCCCCCGAGCCCGCCUACCAUGCCCCUGAGCCCGCCUACCACGCCCCCGAACCUGCCUACCACGCCCCCGAGCCCGCCUACCACAAACCCGAGCCCACCUACCACGCCCCCGAACCUGCCUACCACGCCCCCGAGCCCGUCUACCACGCCCCCAAACAGUACGAGCCCGAAUAUGCUGACGUCGUCGUCCUCGCCUGCGUGGCUGUCGUCGCUCUGUGCGACAAGGCCCCAGUGUAUGCCCCUCCAACCCCCGCCUACCACGCCCCCAAACCUUCCUACCACGCCCAUAAACCCGCCUACCACCCCGCCUACCACGCCCCCGAACCCGCCUACCACGCUCCUGAGCCCGCCUACCACAAACCUGAGCCCGCCUACCACAAACCCGAGCCCGCCUACCACGCCCCCAAACAAUACGAGCCCGAAUACGCUGACGCGACUCCGCAGUACAACUACAACUACGGUGUCGCCGACGGCUACUCCGGCGCCAACUUCGCCGCCUCGGAAAUUGACGAAAGGAAAGGUGACGAAAGGAAAAGGACUUAUAAGUUCAAGGACAUGACAAAGUUCGGUUUUCGUAUGCCACUUUGCUGUCACACCAAGGAAACGGAAACGGUAGACCAUUGGGCAAGUUCACCUGAGGGCUUACAUACGAGGUCCCCCUAUCUGUUUCUGCGCCUGGAGAGCACGCAGUCUAAUGUUGUACAAGUCGUCGUCCUCGCCUGCGUGGCUGUCGUCGCUCUGUGCGACAAGGCCCCCGUCCACGCCCCUCCUCCCCCCGUCCACGUCCCUUUGCCUUACCACAUCCUGGAACCCGCCUACAACGCCCCUGAACCCGCUUAUCACGCCCCCAAACUGGCCUACCACGCCCCCGAGCCCACCUACCACGCCCCCAAGCCCACCUACCACGCCCCCAAGCCCACCUACCACGCCCCCAAUCCCACCUACCACGCCCCCAAGCUCGCCUACCACGCCCCCAAGCCUGCCUACCAGACCCCCGAGCCCGCCUACCACGCCCCCGAGCCCGCCUACCAGACCCCCGAGCCCGCCUACCAGACCCCCAAGCCCGCCUACCACGCCCCCAAGCCCACCUACCACGCCCCCAAGCCCACCUAUCACGCCCCCAAGCCCACCUACCACGCCCCCGAGCCCGCCUACCAGACCCCCGAGCCCGCCUACCAGACCCCCGAGCCCGCCUACCAGACCCCCGAGCCCGCCUACCAGACCCCCGAGCCCGCCUACCAGACCCCCGAGCCCGCCUACCAGACCCCCGAGCCCGCCUACCAGACCCCCGAGCCCGCCUACCAGACCCCCGAGCCCGCCUACCAGACCCCCGAGCCCGCCUACCAGACCCCCAAGCCCGCCUACCAGACCCCCGAGCCCGCCUACCAGACCCCCAAGCCUGCCUACCACACCCCCAAGCUCGCCUACCAGACCCCCGAGCCCGCCUACCAGACCCCCGAGCCCGCCUACCUGACCCCCAAGCCCGCCUACCAGACCCCCAAGCCCGCCUACCACGCCCCCGAACACCACGAGCAAGAAUACUCUGAUGUCCCACCGAAGUACAACUACAACUACGGUGUCGCCGACAGCUACUCCGGCGCCCACUUUGCCGCCUCGGAGUCCCGCGACGGCUACAAGACCGAGGGCAGCUACACCGUGGACCUCGCCGACGGCCGCAAGCAGAUCGUCAAGUACGUGGACAAUGGCGACGGUUAUGUAGCUGAGGUCACCUACGAGGUUGUCCACAGGUUCAAGUAUUUAAGAUAA